AAAUAACGUGGCAAAGUAUCCCAAAGUAAUCACCACUGUCUACUGCCACCCUCUCUCUAUCUGAGAAACCAGCUUUCCCACAUUUUCCGUCACUUUCCCGAGACAAUUCAACACCACGGGGAAAAAAAAAAAGGAACAUCAUGUUAGCAGCUAAAGCACUGGUAAAACCCUCUCCAAUCCCCUCAGCCUCAUUCCCUUCCUCCAAAACCCAAAAAUCCCCCAAAAGCCACUCCACAAUCCCUAAUCUCGCUUUCUCUCUCCGCCGCAAAAAUCCCCAAACUCUCCUCGCCGCCGCCACCAACUCGGUCCAAGAACAACAAAAUGAGACCUCCGCCAACUCAGUCACGGCCACGCCGGGUCAGCUCCGAGUCGACAUCCUCUCGGAGUCUCUGCCGUUCAUCCAGAAGUUCCGCGGCAAGACCAUCGUGGUCAAAUACGGCGGCCCAGCCAUGAAAUCGGAGUCCCUCCAGGCCUCCGUCGUCAACGACCUCGUCCUCCUCUCCUGCGUCGGCCUCCGCCCAAUCCUCGUCCACGGCGGCGGCCCCGAGAUCAACCAGUGGCUCAAGCGCCUCAACAUCGAGGCCACAUUCCUCGACGGACUCCGCGUCACCGAUGCCGCCACCAUGGAGAUCGUCUCCAUGGUCCUCGCCGGAAAAGUCAACAAGAAUCUCGUCUCUCUCAUUGACCGCGCCGGCGCCAAGGCCGUCGGCCUCUGCGGCGCCGACGGCCGGCUUAUAACCGCCCGCCCCGCCGCCAAUGCCGCCAAAUUGGGGUUCGUUGGUGAGGUGGCGCGUGUUGACCCGACGAUUCUCCACUCGAUUGUCGACGGCGGGCACAUUCCGGUAAUCGCCUCGGUGGCGGCGGAUGAGAACGGGCAGCAGUAUAAUAUCAAUGCCGAUACCGUGGCGGGGGAAUUGGCCGCGGCAUUGGGGGCGGAGAAGCUGAUUUUGCUUACGGACGUAGCGGGGAUACUGGAGGACCGGGAGGAUGCGGGCAGCUUGGUGAAGGAGAUUGACAUCAAGGGAGUGAAGAAGAUGAUGAGCGAGGGGAAGAUCGCGGGUGGGAUGAUCCCGAAGGUGAAUUGCUGCGUCCGGUCGCUCGCACAGGGGGUUCGGACGGCCAGCAUAAUCGACGGGAGGGUGCCGCACUCACUGCUGCUCGAGAUCAUGACCGACGAAGGGGCCGGGACAAUGAUCACCGGGUAGUGACGAUGAUGGGAAAUGGUGAGAAUGGUCAAUGGAAAAUGAGUUUCGCUAGGAUGAGCUUAAAGCAUUAAUAUGCCAACUCUGUUUUGGGUUUGGUUAAUUUUGUAGUGGCAAAUGUUGUUGGUGUUGUUCUAUUGAACUCCAUUUGAUGGUUCAGGUUUUGGGCAAGUCUUCAAUUUGUGGUUUGCUGCUUAUUUUUGCUCGUUCGAGGCAAGGCUUCUUUUGAAUGGACUAACA